GUCAUCUUGCCGUGGAAUGGAAAUAAAUAGUGUCUCUUUGAUUAGGCUGUCAGGACUACUUCAUUAUGUGUCACACCAGGUAGCAGCUGCUGAAGGCUUCUAAUCCUCUGGUGUGGAAAGGAUCAAGGAGAAGGUGGUGUUCAGUGUCAGCCAGAAAAAAGGAAACGUUGGACAGGUACAUGGCUAUGGGUUCGUAAUCUCCUUCUGUAAUGAGGCGUGGGGAUUGUGUCACACACUUGAAGACUCAGCUUUAGAUAACAACAGCAAAAGUGAUGGAAUUCAGGUCUGGAGGGGUUUGAGAGUCCUUCUCGAAGAAGGACAAUUUUGGCUUCAUGGAAACAUAUCUGUGCCUCUCUAAGAGAGAGCAUGAUGAAUUUUCGCUUCAAUAGGGACUUCAGCAAUACCAGUUUCACUCCUGAUUCUGAAUCAUUACAGAGGAAUCUGCAGGAUAAACAUCUUUUUCAAGCGGUAUUCUCAGUGAUUACAUCUUCUAAAGUUGUGUAUCAGAAGGGUGUUAGGAAAGAACCUGCACAGUAAACAUUCAAAGGACUGUACAUGAAUAGCUGCUUUUGUAAACAGAUUAAUAACCUGGCUGCCUGCAAAUGCCUUAAAGCAGAAUGGGAAUUUGGGGAUAUUCGUGCUAUCAGUAUCCCUGGAUAUCUACAGAAGCUUGUAAGUAAGGAAUGCAGUGCAUCUCUGGAUGAGCCCCCAAUUCUUCAUAAACACUCUGGAGUGCAGAAUUCAUCCAUAUUAGAGUGAGAAAGAGAAACUUCAACUUUCCUUCACUCUUCCAGAGAGAAAGGGCUGGAAUAUUGGUCAAUACCAUUUUUAUUCAGAGGUCAGCUGAACAGACACGCUGUGGAGUCUGGAUAAGCCGGGCAGACGGGACCCAAUGCUUUUCCUCAAUCUAAGAUGAAGUUAUGGAAGUUUGCUGCCAUCGCCCUGAUUCUCUGUGGUGCUGCAAUCCACCUUAUCCUGUUUAAAGCCACACGCUCUUCCAGAGCCCCGCCUCUUCCUCCCCACAACAGAGCUUCAUCCUCAUCUCUGUUAUCAUCAUCGUCGUCCUUAUUUUCACCCUCCAACUCCUCAGCUUCCGCUGGGUCAGGUGGGAGGCAGCGGAGAGUCAGAUCAGCUGCAGAAGAAAACUCUUUUGUCUCAGAAUUCAUGGAGAUGUUCCAGAGCUUCACAGAGGGUGAGCUGAAGCAGGUGAUAGGGACGCUGGUGGAGAGAAAAGCCCGUAGAGAAGCCCAACAAAGCAAAAGGACUAAACGUGCAAAAAAGCAGACCAAACCGUGCUCGCUUCGGGAAGUGGAAGUGACGGUCAGUCAGCUUGGGCUUGGCUACGUCAGUGACGAGACUAUAGUCUUCCAUUACUGCAGCGGGAAGUGUUCCGCUAGCCGCAGAAACUAUGACCUUGCGUUAGCAUUUAUGAAACGCUCAAGGCUGCUCACCAGGGAACAGAGGGAGAAGGCUCGCCACAGCCCCUGCUGUCGGCCCACCGCGUACGAGGAGAACAUCUUCUUCCUCGAUAACUCUUAUCGAUACAACACAAUUCACGAGUUUUCAGCUCAGGAGUGUGGAUGUGUCUGACAUUGAGUGUCAAAACUCAACAAAUACCCAAACAUUUAGAAGACAUAAAAGGACAAAAAAUAAAAACACCAAACGGAAUGGCAAAAAUAAUGAUCAAAUACUGUUUUCAAGCAGGUUUCCUUAACAUUGGUUAAGCAAAAGUUGCUCAGCUGAGGCUCGGGAUGCUCAAACAAACAGACACAUUUUUUAUGGAAUUAUUUCUGCACAUAAAGCUGCAACAGAAACAUAGUUGCAUCUGGAAUUCUUUCUCUCACAUGUGCUUAAAGCACAAAGAGCUGACAAUGUGUGUCUUUGCCUUCGUGAGAAAUAUUGAGAAACUAACACUGUAUUAGGACUGUCAGAGACUUAUGCCAGUCCAUAUGAAGAAAGACUGAAAACGUAAUAAGCAAACAUGAUCCAUUGUUCCAAAUGAGAUGCUGCUGUCUAUCUUGUUUAUACUGUCUUCAUAGGUCUAUUUCAAAUAGCUUGAAAUGUUGGAUGGAUGCUGAGUUGUGUAUCAUCAGAGCAUUGGUAAACAAAGCAAAGGCACAAUGGCACACCCAAUCAAGUAAACAUCCUCAUUCCCCUUUAAGGAAGUGAUCCCAAUAUUUAUUUAUUUGAUAUAUAUAUAUAUAUAUAUAUUUGGCUAGACAUCAGUUCUUUAUGAAACAUUACUACAAUUUCGAGGUUCUCCAGGUUUUUAUUUUGUAUUUUUUUGUUUCAUGCGUUGGAAAUGUCUGAAUUGUCCUUUUCCAAAAAUUUUGAAACAUGGUUUUGCAAAAACAGGCAUACUUUGCCUUCAAAAAGGCACUGAGAUCUUUGAGCUGUUCCUCAGAAAAUGUCACCUAAAACAGCUUAGAGGAACUAUAUGUCCUGAGGUGCGAAAGCAAUGUACUAGUCCCGGGAAAAGUAUAUCUAAAACGGUCUUUAGUACCACCAGUGGAAAGGGCCUAGAAGGAAGAAAAUCAGCAGCUCUCACUGCAUCCCUUCCAGAAGCUGAAGGGUCCUCUCAUUGUCAGAUGGCUUUCAUCCCUACAAACACCAACUUCAGUCAUCUCUCUGUUCUUCACAGAAAAUGACUGCUGAAACUUUGGACACAGUCAAGUCAUUUUUAUUUAUAUAGCACCUUUCACAACACACAUCGUUUCAAAGCAGCUUUACAGAAAAUCAUGCAUUAACAGAAAAUGAUACAGUAAUAUCUAUAAAGUCUCUAUAGAGUCAUCAUUGUGUAGUUUGAUUAAAUACAAUUAUGAAGUGUUUAUAAAAAUUAGUAAUUCAAUUAUAAUUUUAUUUAGAAACCCAGUGAGCAAACCGACGGCAACUGUGGCAAGGAACACAAAACUCCAUAAGAUGUUGGUUAAUGGAGAAAAUAACCUUGAGAGAAACCAGACUCUCUGUGGUGGCCAGUUCCCCUCUGGCUAACAACAUUAAUAUUAUGCCAAUAUUAGUUAUUUAUAUGCAAUGGUUUAAAAUUAGUAAACUAAGUAAGUGUUAAAGGACAGUGUUUAAACAAAUAUUUUGUAUGAACUGUAAGAUUAAUGUCUAAUGUCUUUGAAGUUCAUCCUGGAUUAUCUGCAGAAGUUCACAUUGAUGUAUUGUCCUUUGAUAGUUGGCUGAUGAAGGCUAUUGAUGGCAAUUUAUUAAGAGUGUUUCCAUCAAUAGACAAAGGUGAUGCAGGCUGAGAUCAGUGAGGUGCUUCGCAGUUCAUUCAGCCGUUAAUUUUGGUGAGGUCUAUCCUAAAUCCUAGGUUCAGGCAAUGGCAUAUGAAGUAUCCCAUGUCUUAUGGUUGGAGUUGGCAUCAGUUCAUCCUCUGAGGUCCAUCGUAAUAGAGCUUAGAGCAAUAUUCACAGCAAUCAUGCUAAAACUGAAAUGUCUAUGUCUCUGCACAGGACAUAAGCUGUUGUACUAGUCAGAACCAGUUAUAUUGGCGUUUAAAGGUAACCUCUCAGAAGGAGUGCGUGUAUUCUCAGAGUUGUGGCAGGAAAUCCCUGCACGAUGUCGUCCCUUAGUUAACCUGACCAAAUCCACUUUAUUUGUGUAAAUCCAAUUGCAGAUGAAUCUAAUCCACUUAGCUUCUGUCAAUCCCACAUGGCCAAAAAUAUUGAGAACUAAAGUGGGAAGAACAUACCUCUAUGUUCCUAUGUGCAUGUCAUGCCUCAACCUGCAAAAAAUAUUGAACGAGGCUAGAGACUUUAUAUAAAACUGUGUCCUGACUUUAACCCUACACUGGGCUGAAAUACUCUCCUGUAAUCAGGCAGUAGACAAGCAUAGUUUAGGGUGACUUCAUGUUGUCAUGUUUUAGCCCUCUAGCCAAUAAUGUUUGUGAUGACUUCAAAAUUAUGCUACUACAAUAUAAAAUGUACUACAUUGGAAUUGCAACUCCAGUAAGACACUUGCAUUGGCAUGAUGUCAACUUUCAGACUACAAAUCUGAUGAAAUGACACACACCAAUCACUUCACCAUUGUUUUCUCUGGGACCAGGAAAAUAAUUCGUUUUUUAAUGAACUCACAUCUAUGGCAGACCGACUCAUCUAAAUGACAGUUAAAGAUGCUGUUUUGCACUCAGCAAGCAGAUGAUUGACCCUUUAAGCCGCAUGUAAGUCUAAUCAUUAGAGCACUGAUGUAAUUACAGGAGAGGACUUAAGCUCUCACAAGCACCCGGCCUUAAAACUCAUCAACCUAUGUGCUUACAAAGGUGUAUACAAUUUGUGCUACUGUAACAAAUGUAAUAAAAAUGUAUGCACACACAUGUUGGUGUGGCUAUCCUUAUGAGGACUCUCCAAAGACAUAAUGAUUUUUAUACUGUAUAAACUAUAGAUCCUAUCCCCUAAAGGGUCUCCUAACCCUCACAAAAAACGUUCUGCAUUUUUACAUUUUCAAAAAAACAUAAUUUAGUAUGUUUUUUAAGUGACUUGAAUUAUGGGAACACUAGAAAUGACCUCAUAAGCCACAUUUAUAGCAUAAUACCCUUGUAAUUACCAGUUUGUUACCUAAAAAAUGUCCACCCUAAACCACCCUAACCCACCCACACGCGCAAACACACACAUUUUGUUUUUUAUAUUGUUUAUAUAUACAUACAUACACACACACACACAGGUAUAUAUCAGAUUUAGAGAUUUGUGCAAUAAACUCCUGUACUUUGACAUAAUGCAUAAUGCAUGGUAUAUGGUUGAAAAUUUGGCUAGCUUGCUGAAAUAGAAAUACUGCUAUGAAGUGGUCAUUUCACCCUAGAAGAUAUAUCAUACCCUCCUUUAUCCACGUUUUUGAUCAAAUAUCAUAUGGAAUUAACUCAUGGUGCAAAACGACAUCUAUCUACUUUCCAAUAAUAGAUUCAAAAAAUAACAUGUUUUAACUAUUACAAUAUUUUUGGGAGUGAUUGCAGUCACCAAAGAGUUUAUCUGACCUCAGUUACCACCCACAACCUGACACAGCCUUUCAUUUCGAGCACUGUUGGACCCGGUUGACCAACUGCAAUAAACAUUGAUGCAAUGCAUCUAUAUAACAAUUUAUGUAUAUUUAUUAAAGUAAUGGUUUGUUAAUUUAUUCAAAUGUAGAAUCACUGACUUAACAAGAACAUAUUAUUUAUUUUUAUUUUUGUGCCAAAUGUAUUAUAUUCAAUAUAUAAA